AUGCCCUCGCCUACGGACGAUGAGACGCCGUUCCCUGCUCUAAGCCACGCCGCGACCUUCAGCGUCUUUGGACGCUCGCAUCUCUCCCCGCAAGACGCACACCUCUCGCCGCCGCGAAGGGCACGCGAUUUCGAUGGCGACGGCACCUCUGAGAUGAGACGGCUAGGCGGCUACACUGAGAGGAGCCGCAGUCGUCGACGGAAGCGCGCUUGGAAGAAGCUCAUGUGGGUGAAGCAAUCCUUCCCAGACAACUACACCGACCAAGCAACGUUUCUCGAAAACCUCCAACGCAACCCCCGCCUUAAGCCGUACGACUUUUGGCCGCUCGUCGCCGACUCCACCGUCAUCCUCCAACACGUCUGCUCCGUGACCAUCUUCAUCGUCUGCUUCGUGGGCAUAUACCACGAGCGCGUGUCGCCCGUGUCGGUCGUCAGCUGGAGCAGCUUCGCCACCUUUGUCGGCUGGAUCCUCUGGGAGCGCUGGGUAUCCGAGGAGGAGGACAAGGAGGACGAGGCAAACGCGGCGGCCGCAGCGUCCGCCGCCGCCGAGGGAAGCGCAGCCCCGGCGCCCGUCGUGCGGGCAGGUAGCGUGCGGCGGCGCAACCGCGCAGGCAGCGUCCGCAGGCCGCCGCACCCAUUGCGAGUCGAGUCGACGACAGCAGCGGCGCCGAAGCCGUCGGGCAGCGUGCCGUCGGGAGCGCUGUCGCCAGCAAGCUCCACUGCGAAUCUACACGGCGGCCGCCUGGUCCCAUCUGCGCCAUCUGCAGCCGCGCCCACGUCCGCGUCGCUGUCACGCCUGACGCCCAAGACGAGCAGCGAGGCCCUCCGUGGCAGCGGCGGCGGCGAGCCCCUCGUGCCGCUCGACGAGAACCGCACGCACCAGCGCCUCGGCACCAUCAAGUCGGCGUUGCUCAUCUGGUCCACGCUCUUGGGCCUCAGCCCGAUCCUCAGGUCCCUCACCGAGUCGACCAGCAGCGACAGCAUCUGGGCCAUCUCCUUCUGGCUGCUCGCCAUCAACAUCUUCUUCUUUGACUACUCGGGCGGCGUGGGCGCCAAGUUCCCCGCGUCGCUGUCGACCAAUGCCGCGCUCAUGGCGUCCACCGUGCUCGCCAGCCGCCUGCCCUCCACCGGACAGGUCUUUAGCCUGACGCUGUUCAGCAUCGAGGUGUUUGGGCUGUUCCCCGUGUUUAGACGGCACAUCCGCCACCGCAGCUGGAGAUACCACGUUCUCCAGACGGUGGUUCUCGUCCUGGGCGCCGGUCUGGGCGUGGGCAUGGUUGUGGGCGCCGGUCAGGGCCGGAGAUGGCCGUGGAAGAGCGGCAUCGUCGGCAUGAUCCUGUCCGUCGUGAUUGCCGCGCUGGCCACGGGUGGGUGUAGUUGGUGGCUGAUUGGGCUGCAAAAGUACAAGAAUGAGAUUCGGGGCCCCUGGGAUCCUGCCCGGCCCAUUAUUAUGAGUAGGACGAGGUGGAACGAUAGAUGA